UCUGCGCUGUGCCUUCUUGUCUUUGAUUUUUCCAAAGUCACGUUGCCGGUUUAUAUAAUAUUGUAUUUAUAUUUCAUAAAAAAGUAUCAUUAUGAAUUCUUUAAGACGGUGUGUAACCAGUAAUACCCUGUUGUCCCGCGUAUUUCAAGAGAAAAGAAGCAUAAUAAAUGUAAGAUUUCUGUAUAAUGAACAGUUCCUGGGUAUAGAUAAAUAUGCAGAGGCUCGCCAACGAACCAUCAGCCGCAUAGGAAACAUGAGAGAUAAUUUUUACAAUCGAAUGAAAGCUCAACUGAAUAGCUCUGUACCAUCGAUGAUUUUCACGGAAGAUUUGAAAACUGUUGUUCAUUCAUGUGAAGAUAAGCCCGAAGAAAUGGAGUUAUGCAUCCAGAUGAUGAAAAGGUUUCAUAAGCAGAAUAAAGAAUUACGCUUUGGUACAUUUAUAUUCGGACCUGUAGCUAUGAGACUGUUCUACUAUCUCAAAAAAAAAGAAAUCAUUUUAAAUUUUUUCAGCGAUCCAGACCUUGAUGGAUUCUUUGACCAAUUGAAAUCAUAUCUUUUGGCCAUGGAUCUUUAUUUUAAGAACGAAAUGUUUCCAGAAAUUGUAGAAGCAUUCAAAUCUAUGCAAGCAAAACAAUUAGCAGAAACUAAAUUUCCCAGAGAAGCUAUGGUACUAGCUACAGGAGCUUGCUAUAAAAUGAAUACUCCAGAAACAUACCAAUUCGCUACAGAUUUAGUUACCCAAGCUCGAGAGGCAAGAGUGCCUAUCAUUCGAAAAGCACUGACAUUUGUAAUUGCUCUUGCCUUGAAACAAAAUAGACCUGAUGUAGCUCUUGAGAUUUUAUCCAGCAUUGAUCGAUUCAAUAACAUAACUGGCAAUAACUUGAAGCUAAUGUGUUUUGCUGGUCUUGAUCGAGUUCAAGAUGCUUUUGAUAUUCUUCGCCGAGCUACUGAUCAAGAUGCACCCCUUCAGACUCGCAUUCGUGGUGAAAUUUGCCAGACCUCGCUUGAUGCUCUUCAGAAAUCAGUAGAUAAAAUCAAUGAUAAAGAAACAAGCCAUAUAUUUGAGCAGUUGUGUAGAUCAUUAAAGGAAAGUAAUUCCAUUACAAGUCAAACCAUCGACGAACUUGUCUGUUUACCUAUUGAACCAAGACAGUUUCUGCGAGAGAAUGCUUUCCAAUCACGACCAAGAAAUCGUUUCCCUGAACAGUCUUUUAGAAUGAGAGAAAGGGGAGGGCUUAGACCGUGAAGAAGAAUUUCCUGCAAGAAGACGUUUUGCAGGGAUUUCAGACAAUUAUUAGUAACGUUUCAAGAAAAAGUAGCUCUUUAAGUUGCAUUGUAAAAUACCAUUACUUGGACUUAUUGCCAUGAAUGCAUUUCUUCUUGAAUUUCACUGUUCUUGUAAUAUAGCUUUUUUAAACAAUAAAUGAAAAAUAAAAUUGGAUUUUACGGAUGUAUAUUCCAGUUUACUUUAGUCAAACCAGGUCAAUACUCUUUGUUGUGCAAUUUAAAACGAAAUGUAUUUUUUAAUGGCUGUGAAUAAAUAGUUCAUUUUCUUUAAAAAAAA